CCGAUCGCGGCUAUUUGACGUGCGGCUCGCGGAAAGCUAAGGUUUUUGUGUGACUCGCCGGGGCUGGCGGCGGCGGCGGCGGCGGCGGCGGCGUUGGUGGAGGAGGGGACGAGGCGAGGAACGACUGCCGCCCGGCGCUCGACUCGGCGGAGCGAGCCCAACCGCCCAGGGAGCUCGCCUCCCGGGUGCUCCCCCUCCCUCCCCGCCCCCCCCCCGUGGCGCUGCCUCCUCCAAAUGAGCGAUUCGCCCGCUGGAUCUAACCCAAGGACACCCGAGAGCAGCGGCGGCGGGAAGAGGCCGGCGGUGCCGGCGGCGGUGUCCCUCUUGCCCCCGGCGGACCCCCUGCGCCAGGCGAACCGGCUCCCCAUCAGGGUCCUGAAGAUGCUGAGCGCUCACACCGGCCACCUCCUGCACCCGGAGUACCUGCAGCCGCUGUCCUCCACUCCCGUCAGCCCCAUUGAGCUGGACGCCAAGAAGAGCCCAUUGGCGCUGCUGGCCCAAACCUGCUCGCAGAUCGGCAAGCCAGACCCGCCGCCCUCGUCCAAGCUCAACUCGGUAGCGGCUGCGGCGGCCAACGGACUGGGAGCGGAGAAGGACCCCGGCCGCCCCACCCCGGGCGCCGCCUCCGCGUCCGCGGCCCUCAAGCAGCUGGGGGACUCCCCGGCCGAGGACAAGUCCAGCUUCAAGCCCUACUCCAAGGGCUCCGCGGGAGGCGACGCCCGCAAAGACAGCGGCUCCUCCUCGGUGUCCUCCACCUCUUCCUCGUCCUCGUCCCCGGGAGACAAGGCAGGCUUCAGGGUCCCCAGCGCCGCCUGCCAGCCCUUUCCCCCGCUUGGAGCGCCAGUGUCCGCCUCGUCGUCCUCAUCCUCGCCCAGCGGCUCCCGAGGCGGUUCCCCGCACCACCCUGACUGCAAGAACGGCGGCGCGGGUGGCGGCGCAGAGUCGGACAAGAAAGACCCAGAGCCUAAGCCCAGCCCAGAGCCCGCAGCCUUGAGCCGCGGGAGUGGCGCAGAGCCCAGCGCACAUGGUGGCACCGAGGCUGGGGCCUCCGGGCGCAAGUCUGAGCCGCCCUCGGCUCUGGUGGGCACCGGCCACGUGGCUCCAGUGUCGCCCUACAAACCUGGCCACUCGGUGUUCCCACUGCCGCCCUCCAGCAUCGGCUACCAUGGCUCCAUUGUAGGCGCUUACGCCGGCUACCCGUCUCAGUUCGUGCCUGGCCUGGAUCCCAGCAAGUCUGGCCUCGUGGGAAGCCAGCUGUCGGGGGGCCUGGGUCUGCCCCCCGGCAAGCCCCCCAGCUCCAGCCCGCUCACCGGGGCCUCCCCGCCCUCCUUCCUGCAGGGAUUAUGCCGCGACCCCUACUGCCUGGGAGGUUAUCACAGCGCCUCACACCUUGGUGGCUCUAGCUGCUCCACUUGCAGCGCACACGACCCGGCCGGGCCCAGCCUAAAGGCGGGGGGCUACCCGCUGGUGUACCCCGGGCACCCGCUGCAGCCCGCCGCGCUGUCCUCCAGCGCCGCCCAGGCCGCACUCCCGGGCCACCCGCUCUACACCUACGGCUUCAUGCUGCAGAACGAACCACUGCCGCACAGCUGCAACUGGGUGGCGGCCAGCGGGCCUUGCGACAAGCGCUUUGCCACCUCGGAGGAGCUGCUUAGCCACCUGCGGACUCACACGGCCCUACCGGGCGCAGAGAAACUUCUGGCCACUUACCCUGGGGCCUCCGGCCUGGGCAGCGCCGCCGCCGCAGCCGCCUGCCACCUGCACCUCCCCCCACCCGCCGCCCCCGGCAGCCCCGGGUCGCUGUCCUUGCGGAGUCCACACACUUUGGGGCUAAGCCGGUACCACCCCUAUGGCAAGAGCCACUUAUCCACAGCGGGGGGCCUGGCCGUGCCUUCCCUCCCCACAGCUGGACCCUACUACUCGCCAUAUGCGCUGUACGGACAGAGACUGGCGUCAGCCUCUGCGCUCGGAUACCAGUAACCACGGCUCUGUCCCCACCCAACCCUCGGACCCCUCCUCCCUGUCCCUGUGCCUCCGCUGCAGCCUCCACUAUUGCUUCUCCCUGCCAGGACCCCUGCCCCACCCUGCCCACCGGACUGUGUAUUUAUUUACUAUUGUGUUAGCUUACAAGCUGGGAAUAUAAGUGCAUUAACAGCCCACACAAGUCAGUGGUAUGCAAAAAGUCUUUGUUCCCCCCCAAAUAAUGAUAUUAACCACACAGAACUACUCCCUACCGCCCCACCCCUCUUCCUUCCUUUUAUUUUUCCCCUCUUAGGCAUAAGUUUUAAGCUUUUCUUCCCUUUAUGAUUUGAUUUGGGGGAAAGAGGGAGCAUUGGGGUUCUUAAGUUCUUCUGUAUGUUUUUCCUGUCCUGGGGAAUUUCUUGCAUGAAUCUUAACCAUUCAAACUACAUUUCCCUUUUUCCCCUUCAUUCCCUCUUGUUUCCUUCCAUUUGAGGUUCUGUGUUUUGGUUUUGGUUUUGUUUUUUUCUUUUGUACAAGUAGUGGAGAGGAGUUUUGGACAGCAGUUUGGGGGUUGGAGGAAUGAACUUGGUGGCUGGAGGUCUUGAGCUCUAUUGACCUUCCCCAGCAAACCCCCUCUCUGAGGGCCUUGGUUCCCCCAACCUUGCUUGAUCCCACAGCAGGCUUCCGCAUAGAGGGUCCAGUGGCUGGGGACUGAGCCUGUCUGUCCACACACCCGGUAGUCACACUGCCCACUUGUGGGAAGUUCUGGGGCUCGUGUUCAUUAAAAGUCCUAGAAGGCCCCACUGGCCUGCAACUUUGCUCGUUCUGUUUUGCGAAGUGCUUUAUCGUCAUUGUUUUUUCUCUUCCUGAUGGGGCUGUGACCCCCACUCCCUGGGCUGUGGGACGGGAUCCUUGCUGGAUCCUCCACAUCCACAGACAGGAUGGUGCACCCUUGUUAGCAAUGUACGGGGGAAAGUCGGGGACUCAGGGAGCGCUCUGCCCGCAGCAACCCCGCGCCCCCUUCCAGGCUGACCCAGCAAUCCCCAAAGUUGGCCUUGAAGGGCCCUGGGUCUCAUCCUACCCUCCCUCCCUCCCUCCAGCAGCGGCUGGGCUCGGGCCUGUUUGGGAUGAAUAGAGCUCUCCCUUGGUAAGACUUAUUUUGUUAAUAAAUGGAAUACUUGGCUAUA